AAAGCGAAAGUAGGAAACUGACAACAAGCACCAACUUGGUGACCAAGUGGCAAGUUACAAGUAACUUACUUAGUAAGUAGCCUAGUUUAAGCACUUAAGGUAUGCCAAAGCUCAAUAAGAAGUCUGCAGUGUUGGAGAGGCGAUUCGUCCCAUAUGCCAGAGGAUUCACCCCACCUACCAAAAGGAUCCAGCUGACAGCUAUUGGAAAUGACAAAAAUCUUCCUGAAUUCUCCUCAGGAACUGACAGCGACCAGUACUUCCCUCCAGUUCCUCAACCGACAGAUAUUGAUGACUGGUUGGCCCAGUACUGCGAGGAAGGCCAAACUUACCGCGAGUUCUGCCAAGAGUGUCCAUGGCUUUCCUUGCGUAAGUGGGUGUAUACCAAACAAAAAUUCAACUCCAAAGGAAAAACCAUACUAGAGAAAUAUCCAGAGGGGAAAAUCUAUUUACUACCUCUUGGGGAGUUUGAUAGUGACCACUGUGUAAAUUUUGAUCAUCUCAGAGAAUUCUCACAGAUUUAUCUUGGCAUUGAAGUCGUUUCUCUGCCCAGAGUCAAACUUGACAUCAAAGACCGAUCCAUUUCUUGGAUUGAGGAUAGUGCAUCUGUUGCACCAUCUCGGGGUCAGAGAACCAGCAGCAGGUUAAAAAAACAUACACUAAAUGCUAGAUUUAAUUCUAAACCAAAGCACUACCAGAUAUGUGUAGACGAAGUUUUAUUAAAGCUCAAAGAAAAGAUUCCAGACGAUGCUUUGUGUAUGAUUGCCUUGACGAUGUCCGAUCUCUGUGGUGAUGAAACAGACCUUUUUGUUGCUGGAAUGGCAGCAGGGAAACAUAGAGUGGCUAUUUUUAGCUUUGCUCGGUAUGACCCAACCUUGACUUUUGAUAUUGGAGACUGGUAUGGAAUAAAGCAGGAUUUAAAGGGCAUGGAUUGUGAGGAGCGAAAAAAAAUUAUUUUGCAAAGAAGCUGCAAACUUCUAGUGCACGAGAUUGGCCAUUUGCUGGGCAUCGAUCAUUGCAUUUUCUAUGAUUGCUGUAUGAAUGGCUCGGGACAUUUACAGGAAGAUUUCCGUCAGCCCAUUCACCUGUGUCCUGUUGAUCUCCAUAAACUACAGACCCUUGUCGGGUUUAAUGUCACAAAGAGAUAUCAGGCACUAUUGAGAUUCUACGAAAAACAUGAAAUGCACAGAGAGGUUAAAUGGGUCAGAGCAAGACUCCAUUACUUGGCUGCCUCUUGCUAAAUUUUGUGAUUUUUCGUGUGUGGAAAUUCUAAGAGUAUGUCUCUAGAAAAGAGAUCUCAACUCUCUUUGUAGAAUAAUCACCCAGAACUUUCUGCUUUUGUAAGCAUGUAUAAAGAAACACUGGAAUUUUGUUUCCUCAUCAAACGAGCUGUGAUCAGGUGUCUGUGAUUAUAUCUGUCUACCUCGUAUAACUGUAGUCACUCGAACAUUAACGUAUAAUGUAUUUUUUUGAAAAUUUUGAGCAAUACAUCCAAUAAUUAUUUACA